GCUGAGCGGCCGAGUGAGAUCCUGCGGAGGAACAAAGGAAGAUACGCAAAGCGAUGUCCCAGAGGAAAGUGGGCCGGCAUCAGGAACAGAAAAACGGACUGCAGCUUUCACUCUGUAGAGGACAUCAAAAAGAGGCCACUGAAAAUGAUACAAUUUUCUCGCAACCCUACUGUCAGUUCUUCUGAAGAGAUCACAGGAAAACUGAAGUAUCUGUGCUGUGUGUCUGGAAAAACGCUGAAAGCAGAUGAGGAAUAUCUGAGAAAGCUGAAUGAACAAAUACCCAACCUGAAGGAGGUGUUUAAUGUGGAGGAGUGUGACAUCAUUCUGGCUUUCUGUCCUGUUGUUUCUCGAGCUGGAACUGAUAUUAAAGCAGCGCUAGAAAAACUUCAGCAUCUAUCAGACUCCAAACCUGCUGUUCUAGUGGUUCUCCAUCACACAUUUGACCCAGACUGCACUGUACCAGACAGCAGCAGAGCAGUAAAGAGAGAGGAAACUCUCACUGUGGACUGUCUGUUCCACGAGGAUAGAGGACUCCUGAGCUGCCAGAGGAACCAGGAAGCUCUGGAUAAAGUUACAGAGUGGAUAAAACCUCUGGUAAAAAUUCAGAGUAUACAACAGAAUUUUUUCAGUUUUGUCACAAGGUUCUCUUUUACACGUCCACCAACACAAAACACCACAGAUGCCAGAGUAGAAAAUCUUCAACACCAACUUCUGAAAAAAGAUGAAGCCCAAAAUAUCUUCUUUGGGAUGGUAGAGAAAACACUGUCAUUGAUCAAAAAUCAGAGACAGCUGGAAAACCCACAAGAUCUGAGGAAACUCCUGAGUGAAACAGAAAAGCAACUGGAAAACAUAGUACACAAGCAGGAAAAGGAAAUGCAAGAUAAAAGCAUGAACACAGGUAAAAACAGUUAUAAACCAUGUGAUCUAGAAUGCAGACUAGUCGUGUUGGGUAGGGCUGAGUCUGACAAGAGUGCAGCAGGAAACACCAUCCAGGAAGCUAAGAAAAGACAAGGAAACGUGGGAGAUAAGAAUCUCAUUGUGCUGGAGACUCCUGAUGGGUUCUUCUCUGGACUUUCUCAGGAUGAAAUCAGGAACUUUGUCUGUCUCUCCGCCCCUGGACCCCACGCCUUCCUCAUAGUCAUUCCAGUGAAAGAGUCUACAGGAGAGGAGAGAGGGAUGCUGGAGCAGAUGGAGGAGAUUUUUGGAGAUAUAUGUUGGAGGAACACCAUCGUUCUUCUCACUGUUACUGAAGAAGAACAAAAGAGCAAUGUUGAAGAGUUUAUCAGAUCAGGAAACCAGGAGGUUCAGAGACUGGUAGAGAAAUGUGGGAACAGGUUUCACUGUCUCAACAUUAAGGACAGUGGAGAUGGUUCUCAGGUCAGAGACCUGCUGGAGAAGAUAGAGAAGAUGCUGGAAGAAAACACAGAGAGAUUCUACAGCAGUGAGAUCUACCAGGAGAUCAGAGAAAUGGAAAAAAGAAUAAUAAACAGAGUACUUACAAAGACAAAAUUAGAUAUUCAGAUCCAUGAAGAAGUUAUUGAAACAUUUGAUAAAAACAAAGCAGAAUUAAAGGUUACUGACAAAGAAUCAGCUCAACAGCUUGAGGCAGUAAAGAAUGACAUGAACAAUCAGUGUGAAAAAUUGAAGAAAAAAACAGCUGAAAUGGAGAAGAGAUAUGAGCAGGACAUAAAGAAGAUGAGGGAGAAAUAUGAUGGGGAGGGCUGGCCUAAGGAUGAGGAAGAGCUGAUGAAGAUCAUCCUGCCUGAGGUCCACUUCAUGCUUUGGGACUUAAAGAUGCAGGUAAAGAGGCAGGAGAGGAGGCAGGUAGAGCUCAGCAAACAGACGAAGGGAACACAGACUGAAUCACUAAAGCAAAACAUUGAAGAACCAGAAGAGAGCAGCUUUGAAACCGAAGAGACUGACCAGAGAAGAGUCAACAGCUCAGAUCCAGAGGGAGUGAAGACCAGUGAAGAAACUCCAGAUGAGUAUUGAGAACUUUUAAGAAUGCUGAUGAAGACAGGGGCCCAGAGAUUGAGGGGGUCAGUUCAGCUGCUUCAGGUGUUGAGUCAACUCAAAACACUCCUAUGAGGAGUAUCUAACCCUCUGGUGAGAAUGAGAUGAAUUAAGGAUCACAGAAUGUAGAAAGACUGAAAUAAUAUGAUGAGUUGUAUAGUGAAGUCCCAUUGCUGUAAAUUUGUGGGAAAUCACAUAAACCAAUUGAUAAGAAUAGAUACUAUUAGCAAAGGUUAAGGUCUGGAGCAUAUACAUGAUACAACUUAAUUCAUAUAUAAUCCAUUUGUACUUUACUUUGCUCAUUCUUUUUUUUUUAAAUGUGUUUUUUAAACAGUAUUACAGUGUUUCCAUGAUUUUUUUUACAGUUACAGUUUUUUACAGUUACAGUUUUUUCCAUGAAAAAAAAAAACAUUUUCCCUUUCCCAGCUAUAUCUAUACACUCUUCAAUCUCAAUUAUUACACAAAUAAGCAACAAUCGGGAUCCACUCCAAAAUAAAAUUAGCCAAAAGCAUAAGAAAAUAUUAUUAACAAUAAUAAGAAGUAAAUGUGAACUGAAAAAAGAAAGUGAGGGUUUAAAAAAAAGAUUCCUCACUGCAUUAGUAGAUCUAUAACAGGGCUCCAUCUCUUUGUAAAUGUAUCUUUUUGAAUUCUUAAAAAGAAUGUUUUUUGUUCCAUUUGGUAGACAUCACACAUCUAUUGGAUCCAUAAAUUAUCUGUGGGAGGGUCUGGAUUCAUCCAUUUAAUUGUAAUACACUUCAGAGCUACUGUUAGUAACAUUCCUAGAAGGCCUUUCUUAGAUUUUCCUUCUAAGUUAUCCGGUAUUACUCCCAGUAUAGCCACUCUAGGAUCUUGUGGAAUAUUCUGCUGAAACACUUCCUUAAGAGCAUCAAAUACUUGUUUCCAAAAGAUCUGUAACUCAGGGCACAGCUGAAAUAUGUGAGUAUGGUUUCCAAUUUGUGCUCCACAGUUUCUCCAACAUGAACUGUUAUGUGUUUGACCAUCUUUGACACCAUUUCAGGCGUUCAGAAAUAUCUGGUGAUGACUUUCCAUUUGAAUUCUCUCCAGAUGUUUGAAUUUGUCACUAGACUUGCUUCUGUUCGAGGUACUCUGUUAUAUCUCCAUUUAGUUCUGAUUCCCAUCUCUGCUUUAUAUUUAAGGAAUUAUUUAGACUCAUAGACAAGAACGUUGAUACAAUUUACAAAGCAUUCUUCUCCCUCCAUUCUCUGUUUGUAAUUCCAUUAAAUAAUUUUCUAUAUGUGUAGGUUUUACAAUCUUUUCCCAUUCUCAAUCUGUAGUUAGAAAAUGUCUCAAUUGCAAAUAUCUAAAAAAGUCUGUUCUGGGGAGCAAAUUCAUUUUCCCACUGUUCAAAUGUCUUAAGGUUACUCUCGUCCAAUAUUUGAUAGUUUGGUUAAACUAUAUUCUGACCAUCUUUUAAACCCUGUAUCUAAACUGUUGGGCAUAAAGAUUUUCAUAUGUCCAAUACUUGUUAACAGUGAGAUUGUCUUGGGCAGCCUGAAUAUUGAUUGUAUUUUUUCCAUAUUUUAAGGGUAACUGCAGUCCAUUGCCCCAAUUCUUUUAUAGGGGCAUCCAAAAAUGGUAAGACAUUAAGGGGCACUGGGCACAUACUUUUUGAUAUUAAACCAGCGUGUACAUAUAUUAUUCUGGAUCCAUGUUAACAAGGGCUUCAUCUGUGCUGCCCAGAAUUAAUAUUUUAAGUCAGGCAAUUUAAACCCUCCAUCUGAUUUGGAUAGCUGCAAUGUUUUAAGUCUAAUUCUUGGAUGUUUUCUUUGCCAUAUGAACGGAGAAAUCUGUUUAUCCAAGUUAUCAAAAAUAGACUUUGGGACCUCAGUGGGUAACAUCUGAAAUAAAUAAAGCAACCUGGGCAAAACAUUCAUAUGUAUACUUUCAAUACGACCUAGCAGAGAUAGAGGGAGUGUGGACCAUUGGUCAAAAUCUUUACUAAUACAGCAAAUUAUUUUCUUAUAAUUAGCAUCAUAAAGGUUUUGUACAGAUUUAGAGAUGUGUAUACCAAGAUAUUGGUAUACCAUCCUUUUGCCA